UUUACAUUUACAGAUCUAGUCAGAGGAUUACAAGGAAUGUAGGACACCGACUUUCAUGCAACCACAUUGGGCAAGCUCCCGAGGGGAGUCGCAAGUAGCAGCAUGCUUGAUUGAUGCCCGCAUGGAUCUUGGUACUUUCUUAAAGGCAGACAGCAAGGACACUCGCCCCCUCGGGGUUGUGGAAACAAAACUCGCGAGGGGGGGCUGGUUGUCGGUGCUGAGAGGUAAAUACCACUACCGAGUACCGUGGAGAUUUUGCUCAGGAGGUUGAGAUGCUGCCUACAUUA